AUGAGCGCCCCAUUUCUUCCUGUGCUCUCUCCCCCGACGCAUCUCUUAUCGCCACCUCGGGGUGGAGCGGCGCCUGCCGCCUCUGGUCGCAGCCAGCUGUGCGGGCGGCGGGUGCACUGCGCGGCCACUCAGAGCGUGCCACAUGUGUGGCCUAGCACCCCCACGCGCUCUCCUCUCUCCCCGCCUCCGGCCCCAACCUUGCCACGGCUGGUGCUGACAGCUGCUAGCGUGCGACUUUUCCCCCGACGGGUACCAUCUAGCAACAGGAGGGGAGGACCACACAUGCCACGUGUGAGAUCUAAGGCGAUGCAGGAAAACAGGCUGCACCCCCGAAUCCCUCACCCCCUCUCCAAUGCUCCUGAUCAUCGUCCAAUCUCCUCACUUGCACCCUUCCUUUCUUCCGCACUUCCCCCUUUCCUCUGUCUCGCCUUUCCUCCCUUGCUUCCCCUCAUAUACUUUACCCCCUUUCUUCCCCUCAUUUUCCCCCCUGCUUCCCCUCAUUUCCUCCUGUGCUUCCCCUCAUUUCCCCCACUGCUGCCACUCAUUUCUCUCCCUGCUUCACCUCAUUUUCCUCCCCACUGUCCUUGUUUGUGCCCUCCUGCUUCCCCUCAUUCCCCCCCCCCCACCUCCCCUGAUUUCCCCCGCUGCUGCCCCUCAUUUCCCUCCCUGCUUCUCAUCAUUUUCCCCUGCUUCUCAUCAUUUUUUCCCGCUUCUCAUCAUUUUUCCCUGCCUCUCAUCAUUUUUCCCUGCUUCUCAUCAUUUUUCCCUGCUUCUCAUCAUUUUUCCCUGCUUCUCAUCAUUUUUCCCUGCUUCUCAUCAUUUUUCCUUGCUUCUCCUCCUUUCUCUCCCUGCUUCUCAUCAUUUCCCUCCCUACUCUCCCAUAUGUCCCAUAUCUCCCCUGUUUGA